AUUGUAAUUACUUUCGUUAAUUUUCUUUUAUCGCAUGUCUUUUCAAAGAAGAUUACACGUAUUUCACAUAACAUUUCCAUCUUGAUCUUUUUUUCUUACAUGCCUAUUUCCUUGGGCUUUUUACACUUAUGAUAAGAUAAUACUGUGGCCAGUAUUCAUAGUCGACUUUUAUAUUUGAGAUUUAUCAUAAGUCUCAAAUAUAAGAAGACUUGAGACAGUCUUAAGAUGUCAUAAGCCAGUCAGAGGGUUGUGUAUUAGCAUCUUAAGACAUUACUUAAGACUGUCUUAAAAUAAGAACGGACUAUGAAUACUGGCUUGUAAGAAUUUAUGAAUAGUAAGACAUUUUAUCAUAGAUGUUUAUUUGCUCUUCCAAUUUUUUUACUUCUUUUUUUUGUUCCUCAUAUACACAAGGAUAGUCAGACUCUAUUGACUCAUGGUGGAAGAAACUCCCUUACGAGUCUUCCAUCAUGUAUUGAUUCUAUCGUCAGACUAUUAUUUGUAUUUGUAUAUAUUUAUACUAUGUUAUGGUGCAAGAAAUCAUGUUAUGUCCUUUGACUAGUUAUGACUAAAAGUUCUACGAAAAUGAAUAUAAACAUAUUUCGUGAAGCCAAAUUAUAUCAUGUAUGUAUUUGUGUAAUUGUAAGAAUAUAAAUUCAAACAAAUUUAUUUUAUGUAUUUGUUUAUGAACGGAUCGUGCAUAGCAUUAAAUACUAAUCAGUUGGAUUUUGUCAUCGAUACAUAUAUAAUUAUGAGCUCAAUUUCUGAUUGAUCGAGAUUUUAUAUCACAUGACAGAACUUCUGCCAUUAUGGGCAAUGGUCACCUUUCUAAUUCCACCAUGUAUCUAAUGAUCAAUAUCAAUAACGUGAAGUUAGUUGUGAGAUUAUGAUUUGAAAGCUAAAAUAUAUCAAAUUUAAAAGCAUAUAGCUUUAAUAUAUCUGUGGCAUAUAGGACAUAUUUGUAGUUGUCUAAAAUAUAUUGUAUGUAUGUUAAUCUAUAUUUUCAAAAGUUUAUGCUAAAUUUUACUUAGGGAAGUAGGGAAGAAAAAAUUUUUAUACACGCAAGAUUGCUGAAAAAUGGUUCGAUGGAAAAUGUGCAAAAAAUAUUGGAAGAGGAUCGAUGAUGUUGACGCCUAUAAAAACUAUUUUUGAGUGUGUGACAGAAAAAAUGGAAUUAGCAGGAGCUCUGCCUUUCCUUAUAUUGAACUCUGAAUUAUCUGUAACAACCGAUGAAAUGAAUAUAAUAAAUAAUGUCUUUUCGUGCAAUAUUGAAUUUUGUUCUAAAUCUAAAUAUUUACUGCAAUCAGCAUCUAUUAACAAGAAUUCGAAGACAAAUGUACGUUCUAAAGAAAGUUGGUGUGAUAUAUUCAGAUUUGAACAUGCAGUCUAUAAAGUAUUGAAGAUUCUUGAUAAAUGUGUCGACAAUCUUCACACAAAUUCUCCAUGUAAACAUUAUAUUUCAAUGACAUUGGCUUUAUUUCUGUAUCAUAUUCGUUAUUUCUUAGAAUAUGUUUUAUGCAGAAUGUAUUUUACGCCGGAACAAGAAAGGAAUAAAGAAUUGUAUUAUAGAAAACUUUGGUAUUGUCAAACGAAAUCUGUUGAAGAUGUUGCUAAGUCUACUACAGAUCUAGAAGAACAACGAAUUAAACAUAAAAAAACGCUCGAGGACACAAUCAAACAACACAAGAAAAAUAUAGUUGCUAUCAAUGAAAUUGACAAAAGAUGCAACGAAUAUAUCACAAGUACAAACGUCAGAUACGAAAAGAAACAAAUUGUUAUAUGUAAAGCGUGGGUAUACGAGCAAAAUAAAAUACAGUCAGCAUUAAAAAAUAUUAUCGAUGAUCUUGAGUCCUUAAAAGAUAUAAAUAUGAAAAAAGAACAAACAAUAUGUAAGCGAAAAUUGAUAACUGAAUCGAAAUUAUUAACGAUAAUAACUAAGUACGAUACAGAAAUUGGCGAUAGAUAUAAAAUGUUGGAACAACUUAGCCAAAUAUAUAAGUAUCACAAGCUAGAGAAACACGACUUGGAGAAAGAGACGAAACGACAAGAAAAAAGAUAUCUUGUUUUUAUUAAACGAAAAGAGAAAAUUGGAGAGUAAUACAUUUCUAUAAAUCUUUAGCUACAUUUCAACAAGCAUGAUCUGCUGAAAGAGUAUUCAACGUUGAUAGUCGCGCAAGAUUUUUCGAAAUAGAAA